GUAGUGAAGCAGAUGGUCACUAAGUUAGCUGGUGGACGUUAGCUUCUCUUCCAGCCCAAAAUUCACACUUUUUAUUCCGCUGACACAACGCGGAAGUGGUCGUAAACUUUGUUUGUUUUUAACCACGGCUAAAUAAAACCUCAGGUUGCUGUGUGACAGCGACAGUGGGUCUUUGCUGAGGAAUUUUCAGAUGUUUGGACCAGGUCUUGCUUCAAGUGUACUCGGGUGCAUGGAGCUCUUUUGACCCUGACUGUGCAAAUACAUGGACACAUCCUCCAACUCACACUGCAGCAAACAUAUUCACAGACGUAUCCAAGUUCUUUCUGCAGCCACUGGACCUCAUAGCACUUUUAUCACGCCCUCCUUCCACCUCCUCUGCUCUUCCACGCUCCUCCCCUUUACAUACCUACGGAGCUGUGCAGAGGUUUUCAGCUCUUCUUGAGUUUUUUGAACUUGAGGAGGGCAGCAGUGUGGAGUACCGCCCCUCUCCAGCUGAGCUCCUGAACCACGCUGGCUGGUCACACAUCAGCAUGAUGGCCACGAGAUUAAAUAUUCUAUUUUUUGGAGGUAUUUAUCUCACAAUCAUAGUGAUUUCUGCCUCUUCCUCCAUCAAACUCCUGCUUGCCAAGUAGCCUUCCAGGAUAUCUUCUUAUGCAGAAAAUAGUGGCAAUAAGUCAUACACGCUACUAUACGACCGCAACCUCUGAUUCAGACUGAAAUGGGAGGUGAAGCAGAGGAGAAAGAGGCUUCUGGCCUUUUAGAGAGCAGGAAACCAGUAGAAGAAGCAGAGGACAGUGAGAGUGAGAAGGAGGCGGAGGUGGAUGGCAGAGGAGUUAGGAUCCCUCUGCAUCGCUGGGUGAUGCACGGAGCCGUGAUGUUUGGACGAGAGUUUUGCUACGCCAUGGAAACGGCCCUGGUGACGCCUGUGCUGCUGCAGAUAGGUCUUCCUGAGCAGUAUUACAGUUUAACUUGGUUCCUCAGUCCCAUCCUGGGUCUCCUCUUCACGCCUCUGAUUGGCUCAGCCAGCGAUCGCUGCACUCUGAGAUGGGGCCGAAGACGACCGUUCAUUCUGGCUCUUUGUGUAGGCGUGCUGCUGGGUGUGGCGCUGUUUUUAAACGGAUCAUUAAUAGGCCUUUCCAUCGGCGACAGCCCCAACAGGCAGCCAAUAGGCAUCAUUCUUACUGUAGUGGGUGUGGUGGUGCUGGACUUCUGUGCUGACGCCUCUGAGGGACCAAUCAGGGCUUACCUACUGGAUGUUGCUGACACUGAGGAGCAGGAUAUGGCCUUGAACAUUCAUGCCUUCUCUGCAGGACUCGGUGGAGCAGUUGGAUACAUGUUGGGUGGUCUGGACUGGACCGGCUCGGCUCUGGGCCAAGCAUUCAAAUCACAGGAGCAGGUCCUCUUCCUCUUCGCAGGCAUCAUCUUCAUCAUCUCCGUCACGCUGCACAUGCUCAGUAUCCCCGAGCAACCGUUCACUCCAUCCAGUCUGCUGAAGGACACAGGAAGUGGUGAAUCCACCAGCCAGCUGUCUUUGAGUCCAGUUGACCAAACGCCACCUUUACUGGAUGUGAUCGCUGAGGAGGACGCUUCUGUUCAACUGGACAAAGAGGGAGAUCCAGAGGAAGGAGAUAUGGAUUUCCUCACUGUGGAGCGAGUGCGGAGUAAAAGCGAUUCAGUCUUGGCAAUGCCAGACGCUACGAUUAAGCUGGAUCCUGACCUCCACCCAGACACGCAGCUGUUCUUGCCAGAGAUGCACUUUCUACCAGAAACGCAGGAAGAGUUAGAGGAUGCUUUCAAGCCAUCAGACCAGAGUGUUGAAUCUUCCCCUCCUCCUGAUGGACCACCUCCUCUUAGUGAUGGGACGGUGGUCUUAAAGGGCAUAAAUCCAGAUCUUCCUGAACUUAAUCAUCAAACAAACAGUCAGCUUCAGAUCGGCUGUGGCUCAGAGGACUCACAUCUGAAACAGCAGGCCAAGUCUGCCAACGGUGCCAGUUCUCGCCUGUCGUCUUCUGACCACCCCGGUGUAAUUAAAAGUCACGUCCCCUCCAAGCUGGCGAGCCGAACCUCCAAUCCUUCAGUUUCAUCAAGACACUCACACACCUUCUACAGACAGCCCUCCUUUACGUUUUCAUAUUACGGUCGAGUGGGAUCACAGCGAUAUCGGCUGCGACAUACAGGACUUCACAGCCCUCGGCCGAUCACCGCCUCCCGCAGUCUGGAUGAUCUGAGCGGCAUCCUGCUGCGAACAGACAGACGACAGUUGCAGCUGUCGGCCAGCAGUCUGUCAUCUGAGGCCUCCAGCGUUGCAGACAGGGGGACGACUGUGAGACUUCUUUGGCUGUCCAUGCUGAAGAUGCCGCGGCAGCUCUGGAGAUUAUGUAUCUGUCACCUCCUCACAUGGUUCUCCAUCAUAGCUGAAGCUGUGUUUUACACCGAUUUCAUGGGGCAGGUCAUUUUCAACGGAGACCCCACGGCACCAACAAAUUCCACAGAGCUGCAGAAUUAUCACAAAGGAGUUCAGAUGGGCUGCUGGGGGCUGGUGGUCUACGCUGCUACUGCUGCCGUCGGUUCUGCCAUACUUCAAAAGUAUCUGGAUAAUUUCGAUCUGAGCAUUAAGGUCAUCUACAUCGUUGGAACUCUGGGAUUCUCAAUAGGAACUGCAGUCAUGGCAGUCUUUCCUAAUGUUUAUGUUGCCAUGGUGAUGAUCAGUACCAUGGGCGUCAUCUCCAUGAGCAUGUCCUACUGUCCCUAUGCAUUACUGGGACAGUACCAUGAAAUCAAAGAGUACAUUAACCACAGUCCAGAAAACACUCGCAGAGGUUUUGGUAUUGACUGUGCUAUCUUAUCGUGCCAGGUUUAUAUCAGCCAGAUUCUGGUUGCAUCGGCGCUUGGGUCUGUGGUCGAUGCAGUUGACAGCGUACGUGUCAUUCCAAUCGUGGCCUCUGGGGGCUCCUUCCUCGGCUUCCUUACCGCCUGUUUCCUCGUCAUUUAUCCGGAUGUGGAGCCCAGCAGCAGCUCAGAGCAGGACCAGGACUUGGUGGAUUUACCUGGAGAGGAGGACCGCACCGGUGAAAGGACUAGUCACCAAAGACUGGCUCUGCUGAACCUCACAGACAGGGAUAGCUUGAAGAGAACAGAGAAUCAAUCUGUUGCCUGAGAAUUAAGCAAAGACAGUAUAUAAAAAAAUGGCCACUGGUUUGUAGGCUUCUGUUCUGAAGCCUCAAGUCUGGCAAUUUGCUGUUUUUGAAACCGAUGGAUGGAUCUGAAUGAGAACUCAAGGCCUUCCCAACAUUAUCCUCUAUUUUCCUCGAAGUGGGACCAUAAUUUUCAAAAUGAACAUCAUGCUGUAUUCAAACGAUCUUGAAACUAGCGAUUGAGGCUAUAAACGCUUCGAAAAAGUGUUUACUGAGGUAACAAAUCGAGUGAGAGCUAAGCUAAAUUUCUCAUAGACUUCUAUACAAUCAGGCUUCUUUUUGCAACCAGGGGAGUCGCCCCCUGCUGGCUGAAUGCAGGUUUAAGGCACUUCAACACUGGCUUCACUUUGCAAACCUAUGGUGUGCACCUAUAAUUCAGAUACAAUCUUUCCCAUUAAUAUAAAAACAAUAGUAAGCAAAAGCCCUCAGCACAAAUGUACAAAUCUGAUGGUUUGUAACAGUUCUGAUGGCGCAAAGAGGGAAAAUAUGGCAGAAAAUUUGCGUCCUGUCGGUUUUGGGCUGUUCUGCCUGUCCUAUUACUACCUCAUCUCUAAUGUAAAUAGAUGUUUAGAUUGUUAUAUAUCUAGAAGUAAGCCAGUAAAACACAAAAAGUCACAUGACUGUGGUCAGGUUGAAGAGGAAAAUCCACGGUGCCAAAAUCUAAUAAAGGCAUCUGUUGGUAGAGGGCACAAAAGUUUAAAAAGCCUUCAUUCAGAUGGCUGCUUUUUAAUGAGACUCUAAAAACAUAAACAGCACUUAUUCAUGUUAAAAUAAAGUUGGGAUAUAAUCCAUGUGCAGCGGCACAAACUGCCUUCUUUGAGGGUUUAAUCCACCGUGUACAGAAUUCUGCUUUAGUGGAUGCAGGAUGAUCGCUAACACCUGGAAACAAACUUCCAAGUGAAAAAUGUACAAUAUGACCACUAGAUGGCUCUACACAGCACAAAAAAGUAGAAAAACUAUAAUAAUGAUAAUAAAAAGUAUAGAAUAUUUAACUAUUUACAGCAUCAGAUGCAAAAAAAAGACUGAAAUCAGUCUAUUUAGUGUAUUAGUGUAUUUUAUGUAUAAAAUGUUUCUUCCUACAAUAAUAAUUUCAGACAAUCACUGCCCUGACUACUUUUUUUAGUGCUUUCUAAACAUUCAAUCAUGAGGCUAUGUAUAUACUAUAUAGUUAUUAUAUAGAAAGUAAUUUAGUUCAAACUACUGAUGCAAACAAAGCCUUUAUUUAAACAUAAAUGGAACCACACAGAGCACUUUUCUUUCACACUGACAAUCAUUAUGCUGUAAAAGUGUUACCUCUGCAUUUCGUGUAGGCUGAAUACGUGUAAAUAUUCAUGUCAGAUUCUUAGAGGAAUGCCUUGACAUUGUAUUUUUAUAUUUAAAAUACCAGGGAAUGCCAAAAUUACCUGUAAAACCUUUUUAAUUCAGUGUAAACUGAUAGAAAACAGCUUUUAUGACACUGAAACCUGUUACAUAACAAGCUAGUGUGCAGUUAGAAGUGUACUUUUGUGAUUUUAUUCCUUGCCUGUAUGAUAUCAGGACAAUACUGAAUGCCAGAUUCUUCUUUUAUGAUACACAGUAGAACAUUUUUAACAUAAUGUAGGUAAAAACAAAAAGCCAGCACACUGUAUUUUUGGCACUAAAUUGAUUGAUUUUAUUCAAAUUCUGUCUAAAUGAAGACACAUUCUGAAUUGGAAAUGCUGUGAAAUUACACUAUAAAUGGUGGUUCUCAAAUUUUAACUGAAUAUAUUUUGGAAAUUUUCAUUUUAAAUACAUCAUGACACAUUUGUCAUAUCAAGUUUAAAAAAAACCCUCCAUGAUUAGUAAAGGGAUUUGUUUUGUGCUUUAUAUUGAUACCAGAAUGACCCAUUGCGCAUCUACUUUAUUGUGCCAUUAUUGUGAUCAUUUAUUGGCUGUAAGUCUUUGUCCCCUUGUACAGAAACAAUAAGUAAGAUCAUUAUAUCUUCUGCCAGAUUUCAGUUUACCUCAAGAUAACAAACAUGACAGCUUGCAGAGAUUCAGUUAAGAAUUAUUGCAAAAACUGAGCAGUAGAUGACUUUUUAGCUCAUGUGUUGAUGAUAUCACAAACAUAGUAAAGUUACAGACUUGAACUGAAUAGCCGAGUCUCUCCUCUGUGAAGAUUCAUCUUCAGAAGAACUUUAUCAGUUUCAUGAAAGUUCUAAAGUUGGUAUAAAUUCCCAGAACAGCCUUCAGCUCACUUAUAAGACUAGUGUAAGUGGUAGUUCCAUAUUUGUGUAGAUUUUUAGUGAUCAAGAUCAUGUAAUAGUGCUUCAGCGGAGGGAAAUUGGACUUUUUUGGGGGGUUCUUUUUUUUGGUUUGGUUCUUGGACAGACCCAGAAGUGCAUCUUAAGGAUUCUAAAAGAUAAGAAAUACUCCUUUGAGGACUGAAAUGUCCACAUUCUGGACAGAGGACACAUUUUCGAGGGUUUUAAGGGGAGUUAAGGAAGCCAUUUGUGUUAAAUUGGAACUGCCAUGUCUAAGCAGAGUAUUGACACUAUAACACCACUUACCAGGUACUUACAAUGCAGUCCUGAAAUACCUCAACAGGCCAUUUCAGAAACAUUCACAUCUAGAGACAUGUGAGCUGGGGUUUAAAAUACACAUCUGGAACUCUACAUCAGUCACUUAGAACUGAAGAAGACUCUCAGAUGAAGGUUAAACAUCUGCAAGAACCCGAAAGAGAAGUCCAGUUGCCUUCCACUGAAGCGCUUAGGAAGAAAAUAUGGAGUGUAAAUGUUGUAUGGUUGAGACUCUUCCAAAAAAAAAACCCUAUAAUGCUGCAUAAUGAAUGGUAGUUAGGACCAUUUCUAUGCAAGACCAACAUCUGAUCUAUGCAAAAUGAACCUUCUGAGCCUCCCUAAAGAGCAGUUGAACUCAGUGGAGACACUGCCAGAAAUGAAAACAGUUGAAUGAAAUGACUUUUAUGGAAUGACUUCUAUUAUCAGUGCACCAUUUACAGACUUCUUUACUCUGUUUAUGGGUAUUUGUGCAGCACCAGCAGUAUUCAUUGGGACCUUUUGCACAGUUUCAAGACUUCCACAACCUGUUUUACAAGUACUACAAAGAGAACAUUCCUUGUUUCAUGAAACUUUGCAUCUGACAUUAAAAGGAGAGUGAGAAAAUCUGCACAAAAUGAUAGAAAUAAUCACUACUUUCCCCACAUAAUGCAAAGAUUCUGCUAGUGUGACAUGACGAGUGUGUCUGCUGUUUUUCUUUCAUAGCACUUUUGACUACAGGUUUGGGUACAUUGUUUUGUUAGCAUUAAUUUAGCUUUUUCAACCAAUAUUAGGUAGUAAUCUUUUUAAUUACAUGAUGAAAAGUUGUUGUAAAUCAAAAUAAAUCAUUUUUUUUUCUAUCUUAUUGCUCUUGUUCACCUCAUUGGACAGUUUAACUUGUUUCAGAGAUGUUUCCAUCUCAUCAAGAAGCUUUUCUCUGGGAAACAUUCCCUUUUUACUGCCAAACUAUUGUGCUGGUGUAGUGAAAUAAUCUUGAUUUUUUUUCCAAAUGUUUUAAUAAUCAUAUUCUGUGUCUUGGUUUGACCUGGUGUGUGUGUGUGUUUUUUUAAAGACUUAUUUCUGGUUCUUUUUGCUGCUGUACAGAUUUUUGUAAAAUGACCACAAGGUAUUUUUGUACCAUUUAUUUGAAAAAAAAAAGAUUAAAUAAUGCACCUUUAUUUGA